UACGUUCAAAGUGUUUGAGUUAAGCUAGUGUUGCAUAUCAUAUUAAAGUAAUUGGGAGUUCUGCAACACUGUUCAUUGACAGUUGUUGUGCCGGCUGAGGAAUCAAACUGUAAAUAAACGAAAACCAGUUAGAACUGAACGCACCCUCUGAACAGUUGUUGGCCAUGGACGAAAGCGAGGAAACGUGUUACCCUGGCAACGACAGCCAAAGCAAAGACUCGAGCAAACAAAGGCAUCGAAAAUCCAAGAAGUCCUCUGGCGUCGAGGAACAGGAUGAGAUGCAAGAUGCUCCAAGCACUGCCAGCUAUUUUAGCCUAUGCAUCACGGGUCAAAUCGUAUCGGCCACAUUUCCACUUGGCCCUGACAAGGAGUUUAUAUUCUGUCGCUACGAGCUGAUUGCUGGCCCGGAUUGGCAGCUGGCUUCUGGGCCGCAGCACGGUCUGACGCAGAUGUCGACCAACAAGAGUGGACACUUCAAUGACAAGAUUGUCUUCAACAUGCCCAUCGAGGUCACCUACAAAAGCACGAGUCCCUUUGGCUGGCCACAAAUCUUGAUCAGCGUCUAUGGCCAGAGCGGAGCCAGGGACGAAUCCUUGCUGGGUUAUGCCCAUGUCCAUCUGCCGGUCUUUGGCAGUCGUCCACAGGAUGAACAGUCGUCCAGUUUAAACAAAGUGCCCAUUCUGACGCCCAGGUGCCAAAAUAUGAUAGGUGACGUGACCAGUUGGUUGCUGCGUCGCCAGCCAGAGCUCAAGGAUCCCAAAGUCCUCUUAGACAAUCUGCAGAGCAAGGGUCUCUCCAUCGAAUCCUAUGGCACGUUGGAGCUGCAACUGCACACGAUAAUGAGAGGAGCACAUAAACUGGGCUAUAAUUGGCAUAACUGAAUACUUUUAAGGGAGAUCUGUGAAUAAAACGUGAAAAUGGAAAACAAAUGAA